UUAGGGGUUGGAAGAAUAAGCUUUUACUUCAUCCGGAAACAUGGAGGCUGUCGUUUGUGAUGUUGUUUCACGAGAGGAUCUCUUGAAAUUUGAGAAGAAGUACUCUACAGAGUUGGCUAAAGGGGAUGUGACCAAAGACACAAAGUUUGAGUAUGCCUGGUGUCUGAUCAGGAGCAAAUUCCCGGAUGACAUCAAGAAAGGCAUUGUUCUGCUGGAUGAGCUGGUUCACAAGGGAACCAAGGAUGACCAGAGGGACUACUUGUUUUACCUGGCUAUUGGAAACUACAAACUGAAGGAGUAUGAGAGGGGCCUGAAAUGCAUCCGGAUUCUCCUGAAGAAUGAACCAGGGAACACGCAAGCUCUGGAUCUGGAGAAGCUCAUAGUGAAGGCCAUGAGGAAAGAUGGUUUGGUCGGCAUGGCGAUAGUUGGAGGGUUAGUUGGAGGAGUCGGCCUUGGCGUCGCUGGAUUGGCUGCACUCAUUGGGAUGGCUGCAUCAAAGAAGCUCUAAAAAAAACCUAUUUGGACAACCCUACUGCCAAACCAGAGACCCAGAAUGCCUUAAUAUUACACUGGCUGAAUAGAGUAUAACACUCUCCUACCUACAUCUUUCCUUUCAAUACAUGUAACAAUUAAUCCUCCCUCUACAAACUAACCAAAAGUGAAAUUAUAGCUCAUAAAAGGGAACAUUGAAGUAAAAUGCUGGGACACAACUGUUUUUGUUACUGUAGCACAUGGGGAUAUGUGAAACGUACUCCUUAGCCUUAAGUGUCCUGCUUGCGUCGCCACAUUAGCUAGCUUUUGAGGCAGCGCGAUCAGCUAAGACGCUUGAGGAGGGCGGUCACGUGUGUUUGUGAGGCAGAGCUCCGGAGUUCACGCCAGGUAUGGGCCGACUCGGGAGGAAGUGGUACUCGCAAGCAGCGUGACGUCCAUUACAUUACCAGCAGCAGAAAAGUUAAAAAUUGCUGCAUGAGACAACUGAGUUUGACCAACAACCAAUCUUCAUGAUUUAUUACUGAUGCAGUGGUUUAAUUGACCAUAUAUUUAUACUGUGUGCUGUUUUUCAUAAACCCAUCAAAGUGGAAAUUAUGUAAUCUUAACACUAUAUUAAUGAACAGAAGUUCAGCUAAUUUACUCAUUACUACUAUUUGAGUUAUAAGACAAGCAUACAUUGCUCUCUGUUGAAAUCUAAUCAGUUCAGAUGAAAUCAUGCAUUUCGUCCCUAUUAUUUGAACUGCCACAGUAUCCACACAGUACAUGGAUGCUUUGAUGACUUGAAAUCUCUGUGUAAUAGAUAGGAAUGUUUAGAUUUGAUGAAGGUAUUGCAUAAACAAAGGAUAUUGUUAUGUGUAUGUGUUGAACUGUGGAUGUUUGUUGGUCUGUCUGUAGAAAGACUAUGGUGUGUUCUGCUCCUCAACCAACAGGCCAGUGUUGUCUCAACAGCUUAUCAGAUGAAGCAUCAAGCCCUUAGAGUUUGCUUGGAAGACCAGUGCAUCUAGCCAGGUCCCAGACGUUUGUGUUGUAUAGCUGACAGCAACCAUAUGAAUUAUGGCUAUACAGCACAAAGAGAUUUGGGACUAGGCUACAGUGAGUCUGCAGUCACUUGUAGAAGCUUUGUCAUGUGCUACAGGUGUUAGGAUGUAGAUAAGGGACCCUCAGAUGGACUGCGGGGAUACCGUUACUUGUCAGUGGGUUUGGAGUGGAGUAGAAGGCAGAUUUGAUGCAAGUUGAACAAAUCCUUUCCAUACCUGGGUAAAAGGUCUCGUUUUGCAGUAUUUCUUUGAUUUUGCUAAGUUUUACCAACCCCCAAGACCAGAAUGUAACUAGGGGUCUGUGAGUGCAGGGAUGCAGAUAACACUGAAAGUAACAGUCAAAUUAAUGUUCAAUAAAAUAUCUAUUACAUUUGAGCAAGUAUGGAAGUGUUUGCACUCAAUGCACUGUAGCAAUAUAACUUUGAUGUUUUCUUUAUGCUUAUUUUUGUUUUGUUUUGUAGUGCCUAAGAAAAGGCAUGCUGCCAAAUUAAAAAAAUAUAUGGGUAUUGUAAAUAAAGACAAGGUUGUAAUAAA